GCGGAGCCUCUGGGGACGCCGGCGGAUGACGUGUUGUGCGUGCGCGCGCGACGGCCGGGCGGCAUGGCGUCCGUGGUGCUGAGCGAGGCGGAGAAGGUGUACAUAGUGCACGGCGUCCAGGAAGACCUCCGCGUGGACGGCCGUGGCUGUGAUGACUACCGGUGUGUGGAAGUCGAAACCGACGUUGUGUCCAACACCAGCGGCUCUGCCAGGGUCAAGCUGGGCCACACCGACAUCUUGGUGGGAGUGAAAGCAGAAGUGGGGACGCCGAAGCUGGAGAAGGCAGAUGAAGGCUACUUGGAAUUCUUUGUUGACUGCUCAGCCAACGCCACUCCUGAAUUUGAGGGCCGGGGAGGUGACGACCUUGGCACAGAGAUCGCUAACACCCUCUACCGCAUAUUCAACAAGAGCAGCGUCGACCUGAAGGCCCUGUGCAUCAGUCCCCGGGAGCACUGCUGGGUUCUCUACGUGGACGUGCUGCUUCUGGAAUGUGGUGGAAACCUCUUUGACUCCAUCUCCAUUGCAGUAAAGGCUGCUCUCUUCAAUACAAGAAUCCCGAGAGUCCGCGUUCUGGAGGAUGAGGAAGGAUCGAAGGACAUAGAGCUGUCGGAUGACCCUUAUGACUGCAUCCGGCUCAGUGUGGAGAACGUUCCCUGCACUGUCACCCUGUGCAAGAUUGGCUGUCGACACGUGGUGGACGCCACUCUCCAGGAGGAAGCCUGCUCCUUGGCCAGCUUGCUGGUGUCUGUGACCAGCAAGGGAGUGGUGACGUGCAUGAGGAAAGUGGGGAAGGGCAGCCUGGAUCCAGAGAGCAUCUUUGAGAUGAUGGAGACCGGAAAGCGAGUGGGCAAGGUGCUGCACAGCUCCCUGCAGAAGAUUCUACUCAAGGAAGAAAGCCUGGGCCCCAAGAGACAGAAAGUCGGAUUCCUGGGCUGACUGGCACGUCAGCCCCAGAUGCAGAAUUCACUGCUCACUCUCCUUUUUCAACUGAAGUUUGUAUAUAUUUUUCUUAAUUGUUACAAAUGCUAGGCAGCAUAUGUAUCUGUAAAAUUAAAGUCUAUUUUCUGGUC